UUCGAAGUAGGAAGUAAAUUGGCGUCAAAAUAGGAAGCAUGUAAAAAUCUUGUUAGUGUGAGUCUUACUGUACUGAGGUUCCUAAAAUCUUCUAGGCUUAAAAAUGGCCCAGUCCAUUAAUAUAUCUCAACAAAAGUUGGCUGAAAAACUGACGAUUCUUAAUGACAGAGGAAUAGGAAUGCUCACUAGGAUUUACAACAUUAAAAAGAUGCUUGGAACUCCAGAACUCAAACCUGAUAUCUUGAAAGACAAAGCAUUGAAUCCUGUCAUUGAAAAAGUACUGCUCAAAAAGUUCCCCCUUUAUGACACUAAAGCAAGCCAACUUUCUGUCGUGAAUGAAAUGAAAAAUGCAAUUGUAAACUCUUUGUCAGUUUUCUAUAACACCUUCGUUGAUGUAUUAAUGCUAAAGGAUCAUAUUGUUGAACUUUUGACUACCAUUGAUGCCUGCCAAGUUCAUUUUGAUAUAACACUGAACUAUGACCUGACAAAAAAUUAUUUAGAUCUUAUCACUACAUAUGUGUCCAUCAUGAUAUUGAUCAUGCAGAUUGAUGAUCGCAAAUCAGUACUGGCCCUUUACAACAGUGCUCAUGAAUUUGUGCAUGAGAAGAGUGAUCAGUCGUACCACAGACUUGGGCAGAUGUGUAUUGAUUAUGAUAUUCCAAUGAAGAAAUUAGCAGAGGAGUUCAUUCCCCAUGGAAAGCAUAUGGUAACUGCACUUUUAUCACUUAAAAAAGUGUAUCCAUUGCGAAAUAAAACAGCUGAUGAGUUAAGGGCUUUGUCGUUCCUUGCCAUUUUAGCUGAUCCAACAAAGAUGGGCACAAUACCCUUAACAGAUACGUAUCAAUGUGAUUACUUAUCGUUAGAAAGAAUUGAAAAGUGGAUAAUUUUUGGCUUCAUGCUCUGUUACCAAGGAUUGGCUGAACCCGACAUUGCUGAUCUCUGGAAAAGUGCUUUUCAGGCUGGUUUUGUUGUUACCCUGUUUCGAAAUGAAACUUUACAAAUUCACAGUUUUGCAAUCUCUUUUCUAGAAAGUAUUAAAGGGCAAAACAAAAGAGUAGCAGAACUGAAGGAAUACCAAACCUAUGCAUUACAAAAAUCUUCAGUGGUACACAGAGAUCGGAGAAAGUUUUUGCGUAUCACAAUGAGAGACUUAACCCUAGUGUUUAGAGAACAACCAGGAUUGCUUGGACCCAAGGCUCUUUAUGUUUUCCAAGCACUCUCUCUAGCUAGAGAUGAAGUCUUGUGGCUAAUCAGGCACUCAGAGAACCUCCAGCCUAAGAAGUACAAUGUGAAGGUGUCUGCUGAUGAUUUCAGUGACAGGCAACUACCAGAGCUGUUGUUUUACAUUGAAGACCUGAGAGGUUUGCUUAAAAAACACAGGAAGAUUGUCCGAAACUAUUUCACUCAGUACUUGUCAGGUUAUGAUGCUCUACAACUUGCUCAUCUCUUACAAUCUAUUUACAUCCCACCAAAUGAUGAUACAGCAACACUCAGCUCUUUACAAAAGUAUCUCUCAGAGAUCCCCACACUAGAAAACCCAUCAGAGCCGUUUGAUUUUAAAGGAUUUCGUCUAGACUGGUUUAGGCUUCAGGCUCGAACCAGUGUCAGUAAAGCUGGCCUUGAACUUAGAAGUCAUGAAGAAAUAGCCAAGCACAUGAACACAAUUUGUUUCCAUACAAAAAUGGUGGACUUGCUAGAUGAAACACUAGAUGAGACUGGGGAUCUUUCAAUUUACUGUUUUUACUGCACCCUGUUUGAGCAACACUUCAAGCAGUGCAUUGACUUCCUGGCACAACACAGGUUCACUAUCAUUUUCCCUUUGCUGUGUAGCCAUUUCAUGAAUGCCACACAUCCACUUUGUCCUGAAGAGAGGAUUGCAAUAGGGAAAACAAGUUUGAAAUAUGCACAUUGGCUGUUGAAGGAAAUCUCAGAGGAACUGAGCCAGGUGAUCAUUCACCUGUGUGACAGCAUGGCUGAGCUAGAGUGUAAGCUGCUGCCAUGUAACAGUGCAGCCAUCUUACACUAUCUUCGGAUGAAGGCCAAGGAGAAAAAAGAGAAAAAAGACAAACUUCAGGAACCUGAAAAACCUGGGGUGGAGAGUUUUCGAAAGAACAGAGAAAAUUUUACACAAAUAGACAAGUUCAACAUGGCGCUGACAGACCUGUGUUAUGCACUAGACUACUCCGCUGUCAUUGAUGUCUGGGAUCAUGGUUUUAUCCCUAGAGAAUUUUUUCAGCAAAGUCUUGAGAGCAAUUUUAACAAGGCUUUGAUCAAACUGAUAAAGUAUAAUCCUGACACCACUGAGAUUACGAGACCCUCUGAGCUGCUGUUUAGUGUUAGAGCCUACAUGAAUGUAAUACAGAACAUUGGGAACUAUGUUCAUGUAGAUAUUACAAGGGUCUUUAAGAAUGUGCUGUACAUGCACAGCCAGCCAUAUGAUUGUAAUGGGGAGAAGACAGUCACUUACAACUACACACAAUGGUACAUUGAGGUUUUGUUGAAACGUGUGAUUUGCAGCACAGGCCAUGUUGUGUACUCUCCAAACAGAAAAACUUUUGUGACUGUAUCAGCAGGAGAACACAUUCUCAUGUCACCAGAAGAAUAUGCUGACCCCUCAGAAUUAAGAGCUCUGUCAGAAUUAAUUGGACCUUGUGGAAUGAAAUAUUUGGGAGAGAGGCUAAUGCAGGCUGUAGCUAACCAUGUUGAUGAGCUGAAGAAAAUGGUGAGGGCAAAGAAUGACAUCCUCGUGCAGCUGAGAACAAACUUAGACAAGCCUGACCUUGUCAAUCAACUCACCAUCAAACUAUUAGCACCUUCUAAAAAUGCCCCAUCUGAUGCUGAGGCUCUAUUGACUAAAAUGAUUAGAAUUGGCUUGAUCAUGGCUUUUAGAAAUCUGGCACAGGAAGCUCUUAAUGAUGUGUUGGAACAGAGGAUUCCUUUCUUGAUGAGUUCCAUUAGAGACAUCCAGCACAAUGUUCUGAACAAAAAAGAAUCUGAGGUCUUGAAUGAACUGGCAUCAACAGCUGGUGAGAAGUGUAAAGUUGAUCCCACAUUAUGCCAUGCACUGUAUGGGUUCAAGAGUGAAAAUGCAACAGAAAGCGAUAUCAUUACUUCUUCAGAUGAUGAAUAUAGAAUUGCUUGUCUGUUGUUUGUAUUUGUGGCUGUGUCGAUUCCUAAACUUGCACGAAUGGAACUGUCCACAUUUAGAGCUUCUAUUGAAGGGCACUUAAACAACAGUCAUUGCCUGGCCAAAAGUGUCAACAGUUUAGCUGGAGCCCUGUUUUCUCUGUAUGGGCCAGGAGAUGCUAGUCUAAGGCUGCAAGAGUUCUUGUCUCUUGCUGCAUCAAACCUACUUCGUCUUGCCAUUGAAAAUGACAAGGAGUCAUUGAAAAAUCGGGAGUCAGUUUAUUUAAUUCUCGACCAGAUAGUUCAAGAGUCGCCCUUCCUCACAAUGGAUGUGCUGGAAACUUGCUUCCCUUAUGCCUUACUUAGAAAUGCUUACCACAGUGUGUACAAAGCUUCAGCCACAGAUAUUAUUUAGUCAAACAUUGCAUAUAAAGGUUCACUCACUAUUUAACUAACUUACAAAAAUGCAUUUGUUGUUUUUGUUCUUUAUUAUAAACUGUAUGUAAGUUAAUUGUAUAAUCAGUUUAAAUUACUAGGUCAGAGUAAUUCAGUAUUAACUUUUUUUGUUUCAAUAAAAAAAAUUAUUAAUCUAUUUAUUAUCUGUGAAUAGCUAAAAGUCAUAUUUAAAGCAUCUGAUUAUUGAUUAAAUCAAAAGCCGUAUGGAGAAUUUUUAACCUUUUUAAAGUAUUUAACACACAAAAUUCUGCAUCAAAUUUUUCUUUUUGUAAUGGAAUCUAUAUUAUUCUAUUGCAUUAUUUUUAUACCGUUUUUUUUAAAGAAUUUGAUCUGAGUUUCAAAUUUAAUAUGGCAGCAUUAAAAUUUAAAACUAACUGUAAAAUAUUGUAAGUUUUAUACAUACAUUUAAGAAAUUAGUCAUCUAAAGUUAUAAGUUAUAUUUUUUGCAGCUUAAAAUUAUAUAUAAAAAUAUAAGUUUUUUCAACAAUAAUUUGUUUUUACAUUAUUAAAUUUAAGUUGGAUUCAUGAAGUAUUCUUUAAUAGAGUACAGUUAGCAAUGCGCAUAAUAUAUUAAAAGCAUAAUUUUAAGACAUGAAAGUAUUUUUUUCUGAAAUAUUGUUUUAACAUCAACAAAUAUUGAUGUUUUAACUUUUUUAAAUUGCAUAAUAUAUUUGUGUAUUCUUGUAUGAACUAGUUUGAAUAUUUCACUAUGCAGCACACAAAAAAAAUAAACAUUCCUUCUUU